GAUAAGCAUGUUUGCCUGCGUGCUUGAUAGCGUUAACGUAUAGGCUGUGUGUAGGAAGUCUUCAUUCCUUGCUGGUGUUUUCGGGCAAAAGUUUGGGUGGUUAAGUUUAUGCGGUGUUAUGACAAGAUGAAGUCUUCCAGAAUAACUUUUAUUGCUUGGCUGCUUGCGUGCCUUUCUGAUCAAUCAGUUGGUUACCCAGAUGGAAGAGUAUCCGAAUCCUGUGACUCCAUGUUGCCUUUUCACGGAGGGUCACCUCAGGAAUUUCCCAAGCAUACCAUUGAAGUCAAUGUGACAGAAUUUAAGCCAGGAGAUCGUGUGAAAGUUAGUUUUUCUGGCCCCGCAUUUGAAGGCUUUUUGCUACAAGCUCGUAAUGCUGACCGCUUGGAAGACCCGCCCAUUGGUUCUUUUGCAUUAGCUGAUCGGAAACGGUCUCAGCUCCUUAAAUGUGGACACGUAAAGAAUUCAGCUGUUAGUCACACCAGUAACUCUAAGAAAAACCAUAUGGAUGCUUAUUGGAUUGCUCCUAGAGAUGCACCAAAGAAUGUACAAUUUCUACUCACAGUUGUACAAAAAUUCAUUAUCUAUUGGGUAAAAAUUCCUGGUCCUAAGAUUUCUCAACCUAGUAUGCUUCCUUUGACAACAAUGUCUACGGAUUGGACUAUUCCAACAUCCUUGCCUGUCUCUUCCAUAAGCCAACCAUUCAACUCUUCAGACUGUGGAGAUCGCAAAUUCUGUGUGAGAAAUCCAACACACUGUGAUCCUAAAUCCAACAAUUGCUUCUUUCUCUCCUUCAAGCAAGAUAAUGACUCCGUGUGGAUUGAAAUGAGUGGUCCCAGUGAAGGCUAUAUUGCAUUUGCAUUAUCUCAUGAUCAGUGGAUGGGUGGUGGUGAUGAUGCAUAUCUUUGCAUUAGUAAAGUUCAUCAUGCUGUCAUCAGGACAGCUUUCCUGGUUGGGCGAUCUUAUCCAGAAUUUGACUCGAAGAGUGCUUUGGAGAAUACAUCUUGGAGACUGGCUGAUGACCUUAUCCAGUGUUCUUUCAGAAGAAAAAUUCACCUUCCAGCUUCUACAGGAAGAUAUAAUCUGGAUGCAAACUAUUACAUAUUUCUGGCUGAUGGUGAAAUCAGUACAGGAGGUGCAAUCUACAAACACCACCAACAGCCUCUGAUUACAAACGGAAAAUACAACGUUCUAAGUCCAUUAAAAGAUAUUGGAGGAUCCCGCUCUCCAUUCCUGAUCAAAAUCCAUGGUGCAUUAAUGUUUAUUGGAUGGAUAACUACAGUUAGCAUAGGGGUGAUCGUUGCCCGGUUUUUCAAGCCUGUCUGGACUAAUACUCUACUGUUUGGAGAAGAGAUUUGGUUUCAGAUCCAUCGUUCCUUGAUGAUAAUAACAAUAUUGCUCACAAGCAUAUCUUUUGUUCUUCCUUUUAUAUAUCGAGGAGGCUGGAAUAAACAAGCAGGUUUUCACCCCUAUUUUGGCAGCACUGUGAUGGCUCUGGCACUUUUUCAGUCUCUUAUGGCAGCGUUCAGACCCCCUCUACAAGCACCAAGAAGGCAGAUUUUCAACUGGUUACAUUGGAGUGCUGGCACAACUGCUAGAAUAUUAGCCGUGGUAACAAUAUUCCUGGGAAUGGACUUGCCAGCUCUCGACCUUCCUCCAUGGGAUACUUACGUAAUGAUUGGAUUUGUAGCUUGGCAUGUUGGGAUUGAUGUGCUUCUGGAGUUACACGGCUACUGCCUCAUCCGCAAAGUUGAGGUGUUGGAGGAUGACAGGGUACAAAUAUUGCAAUCCAUAUCUUCUGCAGAAGCCCAGGGCCAUACAUUUAAAAAAGCAAUGCUGUUCAUCUACAUUUGUGGCAACAUAGCAUUUCUUGUCACCUUCAUAACAGCAGUUGUGCAAGUAUGAUUCCUCAAAAAGCCGUGACUAAAGACUUUGUCAUUACAGUUCAAAAUAACUUCUUACUAGAUUUCAUAUCUGUCAACGAGACUUAUCUCCAAGAUGUGAGAACAACUCUUCACCACACAGCCAUUGAAGAGCAAACUUUCUUGGUCUUGAUAAGAAUCUGCCCCAA